CAACACUGAUUUGUUUACAAACUAAAGAAAUUUUCUGUCAAUGAAUUUCUUAUGGCUCACUACAGUCAAGUUUUUAUUAACAUGAAAUUUAAAGACUGGAUUUGAUUAUCUUGAUGCCUAUUCAGAUGGGUUGACAUUUUAUAAAGCCAUUAAAUCAUGACUGUUGCGGAAUCACCCACUUCUAAAUGGGCACCUCCUUGGCCUAUUUUGUACCGCUUGCCAGCUGUACGUUUCUCGCGCAUUAUUGCCAUUCUUCUUAUUCUUGUUAUGGUGCCUUUGUUUACUCAUUAUUACCUGUCCAAGAUUGGAGGUGAUAGUCCUGCAGCUGAAGUCCACCAUGGAGGUGUUCAGAUGGAAGAUUUGGAUUCCCUAAAAUCAGUAGAUUUGAAGGGGAGAAUUGAAGAGAUGAUCCGUAUUAAAAUAUCUGUUAGUGACGAACUCAGGGAUCUCGAAAGCAAGAGACAAAAAUUGCAGUCUGAUAUAUCUAUUCUAACUCAAAGAAUGGAGGAUCUGAAAGUUGAUUACAACCACCUGCAAGUGGAGCUAGAUCGGUUAAGAGUUUCAGUGGAACAAGCCCAGUAUGCUCAACGAGAAGCUCAGCAGAAGAACAGUCCUCUCAUCUCCCCUCCUAGACGCAUCCUUCCGUCCUUGCAAGAUGAAAUCAGCCUACCUCCACCUGAUUCUAGAAGAAUCCGAAACUGCCGUACACACCUUUGUUUUGAUUUCUCUCGGUGUUCACUCACUUCAGGAUUUCCUGUUUAUUUCUAUCAUCCAGAAGAUACCCAAAGUCAGUUCUUGACUGCUGCUGUCACUGAAGCUUUAAAUGUUAAUGUUCACAUUACCUUUGAUCCUGCUAUUGCUUGUGUUUAUGUUGUCUUGCUUGGAAAAGUAAACAGUGCAAGAUCUCUUGAAACAUACCUACGAUCAUUAAAUCAUUGGAAUGGUGAUGGAAGAAAUCACCUUCUUCUCAAUUUGGAUGCAAAUGGAACAAGUCACCUGUCUGGUAUUGACACAGGUCGGGCCAUGGUUGUCCGCCCCAGUUUCACGGUUGGAGAAUUCAGAGAUGGAUUUGAUGUGAUUGCACCUCCUCUGCUUAGCAAUAAAGAUCGAUUGUCUAAAGUGUAUCCUUAUUCUCCAGCUCGCAGAAAGUUCAUGCUAUCUUUCCAGGGAGAGUAUAGGACAUCUGUUUUGUUGUUAAAAAGUGGUACUCGUAGACUUUCUUCAACUUUUGAUGAUAACUCUGAAGGUACUGAGAGUGUAACUUCCAAGAAACCCUCUGAAGAGGUAGAAGACGUAAUUGUGAAUACCUUGAAAGAAAUGCAAAUGUCUAAUCUUGGAGAUAAUUUCUUUUUUCAGUUUUCAUGUGCAGGGAGCACAUUUCCAGGACUUGAUUCAGAAUGGCUUCUGUGUGGGUCUUCUGAAACACGGAUGACCAUAUUACAGGAAUCUACCUUUGCCUUAGUGAUCAGUCCUCUAGAUUAUAAAAUCCUUAGUACUCCCCAGAUUCAUAUUCGCAUCUUUGAAGCUUUGCAGACAGGAGCUAUUCCGGUUCUCCUUGGUAAUCAUAUCCGACUGCCUUUUGAUGAGUUCCUGGAUUGGAAACGAGCUGUAAUUUCUUUGCCAAAAGCCAGAAUUUCUGAGCUGCAUUACUACUUGAGGACAUUUACAGAUAAUGAUAUUAUGGCCAUGAGACACCAAGGUCACCAGCUGUUUUAUCGCUAUUUUUCAAGUCCUCGAGCAAUUGUUGCUACUAUUCUUGCUUACAUCCGCAGUCGCCUUCAGAUACCUGCCCCAGCUGCUCGAGAAGAACCAUCACCUUCUGUGUUCAAUGCCACUUUCCGUCCCUUACGUACAGAGGAGAUUGCUGCUCUUCCUGACCCUGAAGAGAGCUUGGGGCCCUCUGAACAACCCUUCCCUUCUCCCCGCUUCCAAAGAAAUCUGACUCUCACCAAUGCAGGACACUACACACUCUGGAAUGAAUUAGUGGAUCCUUUUGUUCUUUAUCCACAGACACCAUUUGACCCACUGCUGCCUUCAGAAGCUAAGUUCAUGGGUUCUAGCUUUGGUUUUCGGCCUAUUGGAGGAGGAGCAGGAGGAUCAGGAAAAGAAUUUAGUGAAGCUCUUGGUGGAAACUCACCUCGGGAGCAGUUUACUAUUGUGAUGCUAACUUAUGAGCGUGAGGCUGUGCUGAUGGAUUCACUACAAAGAUUGCGUGGACUGCCAUACCUCAAUAAGGUUGUGGUUGUGUGGAACAGUGAACGACCACCUUCUGCUGAUUUGCGAUGGCCAGAAAUUGGAGUCCCUAUACAUGUGAUCAAGGCCAAAAAGAACAGUCUGAAUAAUCGCUUCCUACCAUAUGAUGUUGUUGAAACAGAAGCAGUGUUAUCUGUGGAUGAUGAUGCCCACCUACGGCAUGAUGAAAUUGUUUUCGGAUUUAGAGUCUGGAGAGAAGCUAGAGACCGCAUUGUGGGAUUCCCGGGCCGUUAUCAUGCCUGGGAUACUUUGAACGGUGGCUGGCUUUACAAUUCCAAUUACUCCUGUGAAUUGUCCAUGGUGCUGACAGGGGCUGCCUUUUUCCACAAGUAUUACACAUACUUGUACAGUCACUCAAUGCCUCAGAGUAUCCGAGAUAAAGUAGAUGAAUAUAUGAAUUGUGAAGACAUAGCCAUGAAUUUUCUAGUCUCGCAUGUAACUCGGAAACCACCUCUUAAGGUAACUUCCCGCUGGACAUUCCGCUGUCCUGGCUGUCCAGUCUCUCUGUCAGAGGAAGAUUCCCACUUUCAAGAGCGUCAUCGUUGUAUCGAACACUUCUCUCAAGUUUAUGGUUACAUGCCUCUGCUCAACACACAGUUCAGAGCGGAUUCUGUGCUCUUCAAGACACGGAUUCCACAUGACAAGCAAAAAUGCUUCAAAUUCAUUUGAACCUGCUUAAUAGCAUAAAACCUCUCACUCUUGAAUGAGGAUUUUUUAUUUAAAAUUUGACAAUGUUAAUUAGCUGUCGUCUUUAAUUUCUAAGACAUGAAAUAUGGAUUAUUCAAAGUGAUUGUACUGAUCACAUAUGGCUAUAACUGCACUAUAAGUAAUGAUAAAAAAAAACUUUAAUACCAUAAUACAGAAAAAAAAUGUUAAUAUUUUGUUAGCAUACAUAACAAUUGCUCUGUAUGACUUCUUUUGGUCACUAUAAAAUUGAUAAUCCUAUGAUAAACUUUAAUCGUCAAUAUUAUAAUUCAUUUUAUUGGCACUUGCUGCAAUCAUUGAUAUUUCUUUUUGAUUUAUAGAAGAUAAAAUUAUAUAUUUUCUUUGUAAAUGUUAGAUCUACAAACAGAAUUUAUAGUUAAUAGGAGACAUUAACUUAGCUUGUAAAAUCUCUGACUCUUUUAGUUGGAGAUUCUGUUUUUGUGGGUUACCAUUGAGAUGCUGUCAAUGUUAUCAAGAAUAAUCAAUUAGAAUAAUUAUUGCAUAUGAAUAACACAAAUGUAAUUUUUUCUCCAAUAUUGUCUUUAUUUUCCUCUUUCCUUUAUCAUUUUUUUGCAAGCAUCCUUAGCCAUUUGUAAUCAGGGCAAUCAGUUUUAUGUAUACUAUGUAAGUAGUAACCAUUUUUCAAAAGUCAAAGUCAUUAAUUUUUUAAAUCAGAAAAUCAAUAUUGAUAUUUUAAAAUAAAUUUUUUUGUCUAUGAAUGCAUGUUAGCAAAUAUUGUCAUGUUAUUUUAUUAAAGAGGGUAAAUUUUGCCAGCAUUGCUAUUUGUUAUUUGUUAAUCAAACAUUGUUCGUUUUUAUAGUUCUCAAUAGUUUUUCACUACAGUUAUUUGGUUUUGAAAUAUAACAUUAGUUUCAAAUGAAAAUAUUAUGUGCUAUUUAUAAAAGAAUAUCUAUAUUAUAAUUCGUUUUAUAUGGAAGAAGUGUAGAGAAACGAUUGUGCAAUUGAAAAAUCAUAAAGGAAACUGUCAUCAUUUUUACUAAAUAUAUUAAAAAAAGAACAAAUCAGGAAUUCAAAUUCAGCUUUUUGCUUAGCAUUUAAAAAUUGGCUGUAGGAGUGAAACUGAUGCUUUUUUUCUUAAAAUUAGAAUUUGUUUUUACUUCAGUCAAUUAUCUAAUUAUCAGGUUAUACUGAUUGUACCAUAAAUUGUUUUUUAUUAAUAUAGUUAACUGUGCCAUGAUUUUCUUUCAGUAGUCCGUGUGAAAGUCUCUCUGUGUGUACUUUUCAACAUAAAUUAUUUUUACUCUUACUGUUGGCUGUGCUAUAAUUUUCUUUCUGUGGACUUUGGAAAGUUCUAUUUUCGAGCUUUCAUUAAUAGUCAUAAUCAAUGAAUACAGUAGACUCCCGAUUAUCCGCGGGCGGGUUAUCCGCGGUGCGGAUUAUCCGCGCCUGCCGCACAAAGUUUUUUUUUUUUUUUUUUUUGACUGCUUGUUUCAAAAAGGUGCAGUUUUACAGUUAUGCUUUUGUAAUUACAUAAUACAUUACAGUAUUAAAACAGUACAUAUGUAUUAAUUUUUCUGUGUAUCCUUGACGCCUCUCGUAAAUACUAAGCACUUUUCUGUUUUCAUUAAGAAAAUGCAUUUUAGGUUAGUUUUGAGUGAUAUACUAAAAUAUUAAGCGUUAGUUAAACAUUUCCUGCUGUUUAUUUUACGUUUUAUUGUACAUAAAACGAUUUUUCAAAGUUUGAAUGACUGUUUUCUCUUUUGCAAUACCCGUUUUUAGCUUUUUUUUCGGAUUAUCCGCGAUUUUUGUUAUCCGCGGCGGCAGCGCCACCCAAUUCCGCGGAUAAUCGGAGUGUACUGUAUUCUAUUUGCCUAAUUAUGGCAAUAUGGGUGGACAAUUAUCUUAUAUUAAUGUACAUAUACAAAUAGAACAUUAUUUGGAUGUAAUGUUAUCAUAGUCUUUCUACUACUGAUUGUAUACAUAUGUGAAAUAUCUUUCACAUUAUUACUUAACAAAUUUAUUAUUAAUUAUUAUAGAAUUUUUAAUACCUUCUUUUACACUUAUUAAAGCUAUUUCUUAGUAUUAUAUUUUGAAGUUAAAAGUUCCAAUAUUCACCAAAAGGGUAUGUUAUAAUAAGAAUAAUUCAUUUUCUACGUAUGAUUCAGUUUAACACUUAAGUAUAGUAUCAGCUAAUUUGUGUUUGUAACAAAACAUUUCAUUGUUAUAUUUGCUGGGAGGGAUUAAUGGAAAAAUGUGACAUUAAAGGUGUUAUAAGUGCCAUAGAUUUAGAUUAGUUAUUAACUAUUUCAAAAUAUUCAUUUAUUGCUUUUAAAAUUCAUAGUAUGUUGAAGUGUUCUUACUGGUUUCAAACUUUAUGAAAUGUCACUAUAUGUUUUGACUGACAGAGAGUGGGAGCUAUGCAAUUUUCAUAUGUACAAAGUCAUCCAUUUUAUCUAAAUUAUAAAUCAUAUCAUGUAACGUUAGUUUUAUAUCUUUGUAACAAUUUUAGAAAUGUACAGAUAUUUAAAAAAAUAGAUCUCAGAAAUUUAAUCAUCACAUGUCCCCUAUAUAAGAUGUUCAACUUUCAAAGUGUGAAAAAUAGAAAGAAAAUUCCUUACUAUAAGAAAAUUAUGAAAGGAAAUGACUGAUGAAAUGUAAAAGUUAUAUUUAGUUUUUAAGAUGUAAUUUCUUUAUAGAAAUUUCUUCAAAAAGACAUACUGUUCAUUCUCAGAUUUGAAAACCUUCCACACUUUUGCUCGUGCAUCACAAAGCCUUUAUUUCAUUAUGAAAAGGGUUAAGGAAAAGAUGAAAGGAGGAGAUGUUUACAUUUAGUAAUAGAGUGAACUCAGAUUAUUCGCUGUAUUAAGAGUAGUAAUAAUUGCUAGUCUCCAGAUUUUGAAGUGAACAGUAUGUCAAUAUAUAUAUAUAUUACUCAAUCGUAUUAAAUUCACAUUAUUGGUUAUGAAAUGCAAUUUUCAAAGGUUUGAAAAGUUUCUAUUGGUAUGUUUUUUAAUUAAAAAAUUGAAAUAAACCUUCAUAGUACUUAAGUUAUUCUUAUUCAUUGAGAAUUUUUUUAUUCUUUUUCCUAAUUGUAGAACUGUUUAAUACUUACUUUUUUAAAAAUGCAAGACAAAAUGAUAUUUUAAUUAUUGUAUUGAUCUCAGUGUCGUCUUUCAAAGACAUUUGUAUGAUUAACUGAAAUUAUUCAAUUUUUAAAUAGAGAGGCAGCUAAAUUAUUAUUUAAAAUGCAUAUUCGUUUUUCUAAUGGAUUAAAUGAUUUAUUCUAUAUUCAACAAAAGUAUCUGAAGUAAAAAUCAAUAUCUGACCAGACUUUGAAUAUAGUCGUCUUUAUAACAUUUAGUGGCAUGAAAAUACUGGAAAUAUUUUUAGUGCCAUAAUUAUUCUCCUCAAGUGCAUUAAUAGUCAGUCCUUAAAUACUGAAUUAUUAUUAUUUCGGAUUAGGUUUCUCAUUUAAAGAAGAGAAACGGUUUUUUAUAGACUCUUCAUGAAUUUGAUUUGUCAUUCAAAGAAAUGAAAAUUUGAUUUUUGUUUUUAAUUGUUGAUUUUGUAUUUCGUUUAUAUUGUUGUUGAAUUUUAUUUUAGAAGCAAUGUCUUUGUAUUUCUUGUAAUUUUUUUUGCUAGUAUUUUUAUUCUUAGAUUUCAGUAUUUUUUUUUGUUAAUAUUGCAUUUAAGAGUUGGUAAUUAUGCAUUUACUUUGUAUUUAUUUAGAUAAAUUUUAAAGUAUUAUGUGAUACAUUUGUAUGUUAUGGUUUUGAAAUAACAUACUUAUGUCAUAAGUGAUCAUGUCUAUUCUAAUAGAUGAAAGAAAUUCUCUUAUAAUUUAAAUAUGCACUAGUUGCGAGUACACACUCAUUUAUAAAUGUAUUAUAUCGAUUGAUGGUAAUAAUAAUUGAAUAUUCCAAUUCUAUAUAUUAUUCUGCUAAUUAAUAUUUUCUCUCUGAAUUAUAAAUAUAAAAACCUCCAAUUGCUCUUUUACAUAAUUUAUAUUGAACAGUAUCUAUUAUACAAUUGCUAUUAAAACCCUUUUUUUUUUAAGUGCAGAUCAUAUAUAUAUUCUUUUUCAUCAAUUAUUCUUAAUUGAAAGGGCAAUACAAUUUUGAUUUUGUAUUUUUUAACAAAAAAAUAUUAAAAUGAAAUCAAAAUCGUUCUAUUUGGUAAAAAGCCAUAAUUUUUAGAAAAAAGUUUUUUUUUUUUUUUUUUAAGUGUAUAACUAUUACUCAUAAGAUCUACAGCUAUUGCAAGCAAUUCUAGAUAAUAUAGGGAAAUUAAUCACAUUCAGAUGAAAUUAAUCAUAUUUGCUGUAAGAAGUGAUAAUUUGUUAAUUAAUAAUUGUUAAUCAUUGUUAUGUCACAUAUAACUGCUUUAACUUUUGACAGUUUAUCAGUAAGACAAUGCCAAUUUGUUAGUUAUUUAUUAAUUUUUCUGUAAUUUAAUAUUUGUAUAUUUUGUAAAUA